AUGGUGUCCAGUCUGUUUUGAUACCUCGUUUGUGUUAUAACUUCGAAAGAGCAAUCAUCAGAUUUUUUGAUCGCAGUUUAAAAUGUCAUAUCUAAACAUGAAAUGAUAGAAUAUUUGCCUAAUAUAUUACAAUAACAAUUUAUAUUAUUGAUAUAGCUAUUACAUGAUAAAUAGAUUUUAAUACGCUUGGAAAAUGAUGGAAAUAGAUUGGAUUGCAAAACCUGUAAACUAUAAAACAAUACGAUUCGCAUGUUUAGAAGAAGCAGUAGACCAUCCUUUAAAACCUAUUACUGUUAUGUUAAUUGAUGGGCGUAGUGGAGUGAAGCGCAAUGCAUUACAACAUACACAUAAUAAUUUAUCAACUAAUACACCAGUUCCACUAUCUGGAAGUACCAUACCUGAUCCACUAUUAAGCCAUUCUUCACUAGAUGGAUCGGAUCCUCUGUCACAAUUUGCUAGACAGGAAUUAGACCCUUUAUCUAAAAUGGCUGCAGAUGAGUGGGACUAUUCUAGCAAUACUACUACUGCAAGUAAAAAAGUUAAAGAUACUGCAGAAGAAUUAGUAGAACCUUGGUCAACAAGACGUAAUGCAAUAUUAAGCAAAUAUACAACUUCAGAAAAGCUAUCGAUUGUUACUAGCUUUUUAUCAGGUGGUGAAAAAGUUGUUAAAGUUCAACCAACUGGUGGUGUAGUAGAUAAGGUAAGGACGAGAUUGGAACAACUAGAUGAUUUCGAAGAAGGAUCUGUUAGACAAAUGUUAGAUCUAUCACAACAGCAAUAUACAGCAAGAAUUGAACAAUUAAAUAGUGAACUUGUACAAGCAUGGCAUUCUGAUCAAAGGGUUAAAGCGCUAAAAAUAGCUAUUCAGUGUGCCAAAUUGUUAGUAGAUACAUCUGUUACGGCUUUUUACCCUAGCAAAUUUGUUCUUAUCACUGACAUCUUAGAUAUUUUUGGGAAACUUGUGUAUGAAAGAUUAAAAGUUAAAGCUGAAUAUUACAAACCAGGUAGUAAGGUACCAACAAGUUUACCAGAUAAUUUUACACCAGACAUGGUACCUGAGAAUGCAAAAGAAACAUGUAGAAACUGGUUUUAUAAAAUUGCAUCAAUAAGAGAAUUAGUUCCACGCUUGUAUGUGGAGAUGGCGAUAAUAAAAUCUUACAGCUUUUUGACAACAAGUGAAUUUAAUAGUGCUCUGCUCAGAAUAACUCAAAUGAUUCGAGGAAUUGGAAAUCCUCUUAUAGCAGUAUAUGCUAGAUGUUACUUAUGUCGCGUGGGACUAGCUUUAAACAAAACAUCUGAUUUUGAGUUUAUAAGAAACAAUUUUUAUGACUUUCUCUGUACAUACCAGCAAUUAUUUAGCCCUUUCAUAAAAGAUGGACUGAGUAAGCAGAAUAUGACUAUAUAUUCGUAUUUAAAUCUUUAUUCGCCAGCUUUGGAUUGGAUUUUACAAAUUUUGGUUGCAACAACUCCUGAAAAUCAGUUAGAAGGUGUAAUUUCUCAAUGUAGAAAACAAAAAAAUAGCUCAUUGCUGUUGAAUAGCGUUUUAACAGCCUUCAAACCAUCAUAUAUUGCUGCCCGGGCAAUAAACUUUUUAAAUUUGAUAACUGUGAUUCAAGAUGAUGGUUAUCCACAAUAUCAGUUAUACAGAAGUUUUGGUGAAUGUUUAAUACAUGAAUCACCACCAAAAGAAGAUUGUCAAACUAUUCUUAAUAUAAUAUGGAAAUAUUUAACAGAUUUAACAAAUCCUAACAAAUUUAUGCAAUGUGUGGAGAUUUGGAUACAGUUCACCGCUAUACAUUUUUCUGUAAAUGAGUUAAAUCUGUUUUUCGGAAAAAUAAUUGAUCGAUUAAAUCCGAACAAAAACUUUGAGCAUCACUAUACACAAUUACAAAACAUUAUUGAAAAAAUUGUAGCCCAUACUCAAGAUUUUGAAUCUUUACUUGCUAUGGAUAAUUUCUUACCUUUCAUCGAUUUGUUCCACAAGGAAACUGUAAAAGUUGAAGUUUGUAAAACUAUUAUAGAAGGUUUAAGUGUUCAAAGCAGUUCCAUAACUGAUCCUAUUGUUAUAAAUGCUCUCAUGUUUAUCGCUAGAAUAAUGCACGAUUCUGUUAGUGCUUUAACCGUUGAAGACGAAAAGCGACAAAUCGGACAACUUAUAUGUAGCUUAGUGCAACGUGUUGACUACGAUCGCGAUUUCGAAAAACAACUUAACUUUUAUGCAGAAGCCAGAGCUGCUUUCCCUAAUCUCGAUAGUGUACAUGUACAACUUGUACAGUGUGUAAAUAGAUUAUCGGUUGACACCCGAAAAAUUGUUCGUGGACAUCACACAAGAAGAACGUCGGCAUUCGUUCGUGCAUGUGCUGCGUUUUGUUUUAUUACAAUUCCAUCGCUAACAUUAGUUCAUACACGCUUACAGUUGUAUUUAUUGUCAGGACAAGUGGCUCUUUUGAAUCAAUGUUUAGGUCAAGCUGAUGCAUGUUUUAAGGCUGCUUUAAGCUUAGUUCCUGAAAUGCCAAAAGCUAUAGACAUAGAUGGAAGACAGAAAAACUCGCAGCCAUAUUUACUUUCAUAUUUAUCAAAUUUUUUAUCAACUUUGUUAGUGGUUCCGGAUAGUCCAGAGUAUGGUGUUUUAUAUUUGAUGAGAGGUUUGCUCAAUGCUGUUCAACGUUCCUUUGAGGAAAAUGUAUCAACAAAGGCAUACUUGUAUUUACGUGUGCUUGAUUUAUUAUCAGUGGUAACUCAAGAAAAUUAUCCGUACCAUAUUGACAAGGUUGAUUCGAAUGAUAAGUUGUAUGGAUCUGACCAAAAAUUUAUAAGUGAAGUUAACAAAAUAUGUUCAAAAAUUGUAGAAGAAAUUUUGUCUCAUUUGAAGUAUCUUGGAACCACAGAUCAACUUGAGAAACAAGCAAGCCUUGCACUCGAGCUUUUUAAUUGUUUUGUUAUAAGAGCUGACCUGCGUGAUCCAUCACUGGCUCAUAUGGCUGUGAAUUUAUGGAAUUUAUCUCAACGACAUAAUUCCCUUGAUUCAAAAGUUAAGAUGAAAACUAUAGCUUACAUGGUACAAAAGAGUCAUCACAAGGAGUAUAAACAUUUUGCGGAUAUUUUAAAAAAGAUGUUAAAAUAAUCGUUCGAUCGGAAUAUAGCACUAAACGAAUCAAAAUUGUAAUUUUAUGCAUAUAUUUAUGGAGAGGAAGUAAAUGUAGAACUACAACACAUGGUAUAGAAGGCAUUUAGUAACAGUUCUUUUGGAAGACAUUAAUUGUAAAUACAUUGAGUUUUUCUUAAUAUUAAACAUUUUGCAUACAGUA